UCCACUCUCCACGGUGUCCCAAAACUAUCUAUGCAUCAUCAUCCAUCAGCAGAUUAAAAAUCGCCACCCCUUUUUCUCCUUCCCCGUUCGAUCUUCCCCAAGGGCUGCCAGGCGCUCCACUCUGUCGCGCAUUCCGCCGAACACUUCGACGGCAGUGAGGCGGUCCCAGUCAAAGCCGGCGACGAAAACCGCAAUGUCUCUGCGACCCAGCACGCGGAAUGAGGCGAGGAAGAAGGCCUACAAGACCGGCGUCGAUGCGGAUGAGGCGAGGAGGAGGAGGGAGGACAAUCUGGUGGAGAUCAGGAAGAGCAAGCGCGAAGACAAUCUCUUGAAGAAGCGAAGGGAAGGCCUGUUGCUCCAGCCUCAUCAGCAGCCGCCCCAGCAAUUCGUCGAUGGAUCGCAGAACAUUGAGAAGAGGUUGGAAAGUCUUCCAACAUUGGUUCAAGGAGCAUGGUCAGAUGAUCCUGCCUCUCAGUUGGAAGCUACCACUCAGUUCAGAAAGUUGCUGUCAAUUGAGCGCAGCCCACCUAUAGAUGAGGUGAUCAAAGCUGGGGUUGUCCCGAGGUUCGUAGAGUUUCUACAAAGGAAUGAUCUACCGCAGCUGCAAUUCGAGGCUGCAUGGGCAUUGACAAAUGUUGCUUCUGGCACAUCUGAGCAUACCAGAGUUGUCAUUGAAAAUGGUGCCGUCCCAAUGUUCGUGCAACUUCUCAGCUCUGCCAGCGACGAUGUUAGAGAGCAGGCAGUGUGGGCUUUGGGUAAUGUCGCUGGUGAUUCCCCAAGUUGUAGAGAUCUCGUUCUGGGUCAUGGUGCACUUGUUCCUUUGUUAUCGCAGUUAAAUGAACACUCAAAAUUGUCCAUGCUGAGGAAUGCCACAUGGACUUUAUCUAACUUUUGCCGUGGCAAGCCACCUACGCCUUUUGAACAGGUGAAGCCUGCUUUACCAGUUCUCCAGCAACUUAUCCAUGUGAAUGAUGAAGAAGUUUUAACAGAUGCUUGCUGGGCUCUCUCAUACCUUUCUGAUGGCCCAAAUGACAAAAUUCAAGCCGUGAUUGAAGCAGGUGUCUGCACACGAUUGGUGCAGCUUUUGCUUCAUCCUUCGGCUACUGUUCUUAUACCUGCCCUACGGACCGUAGGGAACAUAGUCACGGGUGAUGACACCCAAACACAGUUUGUGAUCGAGAACGGUGCCCUCCCUUGUCUAUAUCAACUACUGACUCAAAAUCACAAAAAAAGCAUAAAGAAGGAAGCUUGCUGGACGAUCUCAAAUAUUACAGCAGGAAAUAGAGCUCAGAUACAGGCUGUUAUAGAGGCCAAUGUCAUCCAUCCUCUGGUGCACCUUCUCCAGCAUGCUGAGUUUGAGAUCAAGAAGGAGGCUGCAUGGGCAAUUUCGAAUGCCACAUCUGGAGGAUCUCAUGAGCAAAUUCAAUUCUUGGUGGGCCAAGGUUGCAUCAAGCCCCUUUGUGAUCUUUUGAUUUGUCCUGACCCUCGGAUAGUGACUGUUUGCCUUGAGGGGCUCGAGAACAUACUGAAAGUGGGAGAGGCGGAUAAAGAGAUGGGACUGAAUGGUGGAGUCAAUCUUUAUGGACAGAUGAUAGAUGAAUGUGAAGGUCUGGAUAAGAUUGAGAGUCUGCAGACCCAUGACAACAACGAGAUAUAUGAGAAGGCUGUGAAGAUAUUGGAGAGAUAUUGGGCUGAAGAAGAUGGGGAAGAAGAUGAUGCACAGGAUGCUGUCAAUGGAGAUGCUCAAGGCUUUACUUUUGGAGCUAAUGUACCCAACAUUCCCAGCAACGGGUAUAAAUUUGGUUGAUCUAAUAGCGCCGGAAUUCUUUUUUUCUUCCAUAGCGCUAUGGGAAGUUCGUGUCCCUCGUCAUUUUGGCAAUACCUUAAGGAUACUAUAUUGUUUGGCCAAGGGUCAGGGGUUUUUUGGUCUGGCAUGGAGGCUCUGCUAUGCUCUUCUUUGUUUUUUCUUUAAACAAGCUAAGGCAUUCUAGCUUGCAUAUACUGUUUGAUUUGUCUCCUAUAGUAUAAUGUGAAAAAAGAAGCCGCCUUUUAUAUUA